GCAACGCCCACGUUGAUGUUAAAACUAUCUAAAAAUGAAUCUCUUUGACGGCCAAUGUGUAAGGAAAAACGAAAAAACGUUACGACUAAACUAAUAUUUUAAAAAUUUAAUAUUUUCAAAAACUAUUUGAGAUAUUUUUAGGGUCCUUCCGGAAGGAUAACCUAGCAACGGAGGACGCAGUGAUGUCAAUGCGGGGUUGAAAUACCACUGAUGACCAGUAGAGAGCCGAGUUUCGGUCAUAACAGAUCAAGGCGUGGCCAAAGCUUUAUUUGCGGCAGUUACCUGAGAACGACAGGAUUAAAGGACGCUGCUGGCGGCGUCCAUUUUAAUCUACACUAAAAGAAAAAGCACGAUGGUGGAACAAACAAGACGCCAGAACCACGUGGUUUCCCUCCAGGCUGGACCUGGAGAGGUCGACGGCGGCGCCCUGUUCGACGUGAACUUAAGGCUCAGCAACAAUGUAACACGGGCGGUUGGACGCCAGUUGGCUGUGAUAGGAGACCAGAUGAUGCGGGAUCUGGCAAGCAGGGAGCCAACCUGGCCAGCGGUUCCAAUAAAUCUGUUUAGACCUGCACAGGUGCUGACCAGGACCAUUUAUAGGGACAUCCACCGUCAGCUAUGGAGCUUUCAGGAUCUGUUUGCUGCCCUAAAGGUCUGGAUUACAAGCACUCCAACUGGGCCUCGAACCUUCAGAGACGAGACUCUGACAGCCUUGGCGGCCGGUUUCAACGCUGGCUGGACCAGAGGAGCACUGGUGGCUGCGGCCCUGGUGGCUGCAGUGAGCACCUUUGGUGCGUUAUGCAUCGAAUGGAAAGUGUGAAGGAGCCAUAAGCAGGUCUUAAUGUUAAAAACACCAAAAAAAAGAAGUGAAUUUUUUUGAUAAUUUCUUUCGUUUACUUUGACUUCUUUUUUUUUUUACUAUUUUAAUGAGCGUUGUUAAAAAUAUUUUUCAAAUCAAGAAAAUGAUCUUUAAAUUUAAGAACUGGAUUGGUUUAAAGGUGUUUAAAGAGGUUUGCCAGCGUAUGUAGCAAUGACACAACAGUUCAGGACUGUGUUUGUAGAAAAGGAUGUUUAUGAGGACUGAACUGUUGCAGGUCUGCAGACUUCAGUUAUUUCUUACUGGUUUAAGAGGUCAAACAAAAAGAAGGGAGCUGGACUUUCUAAUAGAUUGGAAAAUGCUUUUUUCAUGUGAUGCAAAUAAACUUUACAAUGAUUA